AUGCCGGAGGGAGUGACGAAAGACGGUAAAAAUGGCAAGGAGGAGAAGAAGAAAGAGUCUCCAAAGAAGCGGUCCGGCAACCUCGCCAGGGUCAAAGUGGAGAUGCUAGAUGGAUCCGUCACGGAGCUCGAAGUUGAUAGAAAAGUCCGUGGACAUGAUCUCCUAUCAAAGGUGUGCGACAGUCUUAACCUGGUGGAGAAGGACUAUUUUGGGCUGCUGUAUGAAGAUCGUGGUGACACUAGGACAUGGGUCGACCUUGACAAACGCGUCUCCAAGUUGUUUAAACAUGAGCCGUGGUACGUGCGUUUCACGGUGAAGUUCUACCCACCAGAGCCUGGACAACUCCAAGAGGAGUUGACUAGAUAUCAACUAGUGCUGGCCAUUAGGAAAGAUCUGUUAGAUGGUCGUCUACCAUGUUCUGCGGUCACUCACGCCCUCCUAGCGAGUUACCUUCUUCAAUCCGAGCGUGGAGAUUACGAGGAUAGCGAGGUAGGGGCUGGCCUAUGCAAGCAGCUCAAGCUGGUUCCACCUGCCAGCUGUACACCCGAUCUGGAAGAGAAGGUCGUUGAGUUACAUAAAACACACAGAGGUCAAACCCCAGCCGAAGCCGAGCUGAACUACCUAGAGAACGCAAAGAAGUUGGCAAUGUAUGGAGUUGAUUUGCACCCAGCGAAAGACUCUGAGAAUGUUGACAUUACCCUGGGUGUCUGCUCAUCCGGUCUCCUUGUGUAUAGAGACAAACUUCGUAUCAAUCGCUUCGCGUGGCCGAAGAUUCUCAAGAUCAGCUACAAACGCCACAACUUCUAUGUGAAGUUGCGUCCGGGCGAGUUCGAGCAAUUCGAAUCUACCGUCGGCUUCAAACUCGCCAACCAUCGCGCUGCAAAGAAAUUGUGGAAGACCUGCGUGGAACAUCAUACGUUCUUCAGGCUAACAAGCCCCGAGCCACCACCGCGCAGUACACUAUUCCCGCGUUUCGGUUCACGGGUCAGCUUCCCUGGUCGCACGCACUACCAGUCAAGGAAUGCCACACUGUCCCGUCCACCGCCCAACUUUGAUAGAUCCUUCUCCACUAGAGGGCUCACGUCGCGUAGUACUAUGGCUCUCUCAUCUGGUGUGAAAGAUGAUUCGAUGCCGCCAGAUGCUGCGAAGAGACACACCAUGCCACCUCAACCAGCGCCCAGACCUGCCAUCACGGACAAGCUCCGACGGCGUUCAGGCGGUACUGUCAGCGCAUCAUCAGCGAGCUCUCUCGAGGGAGAAUACUUUGCGGACAGAGGGGACAAGAAACCGCCACCGGGCGCCGUUAAGGUAAUGCCGACAGCGCCACCAGAUAAAAAAGAAGAAAAGAAAUUGGAAUCAAAGAAACCAGCUGAAAACGGUACAGAUACCACCAGCGACCCCGGUAAUGCGAAUAAUCUCGAAACUUCGCCGAAAAAGAAGGGAGGAUUUGGCUUAUUCGCUAAAAAGGAAAAAUCACCCAAGGACGAGAAGUCCCCGAAAGAAAAGUCACCUAAAAUCAAAGAGAAAUCUCCUAAAGAAAAGUCUCCAAAAGACAAAGACAAGAAAAUUAAAGAUCCUAAAGCAAAAAUUGCUGUGCUUGAUACGUCCAACGAUAGCUCCAACUUUGAUAGUUCAGUCGAUAAGAGUCCAAAGAAAGAAGAUAAGCCGAGCUUUACCAAACCAUACGAGUAUACUGACACUGAGAAAAGUCCUACGCGUAAGCCGUUUAUUCAAGGGGCAUUUAGUUAUGAAAGGGAACCAAUAUCUGAUGAGAAACAGAGGGGUUUGGAUGACAGUCAAAGCCCAGGCACAAGGAAAGCAGGAUUAGCGUUCAAUUAUGCACCAGGAGAAGACAAGAGGGUCGCAGAGAGUGCAGAGAAACGUAAAACACCAGAGGAUCCAAGUAAAUUGAAGACUCCCGGUCUAGAUUACGUAGAAUCUGCGGGUCUCAAAGAAAUAGCCAAGAAACCGAGGUCUAAUGUUAUUGACCCGACACUGGCUCUGCUCGAAGCGGAAAGAGCUCAACAUGAAGUACCAGUUGCGGCCGCAGUCCCUGUUUCGGCUGCCAAGCUUGACAAGGAAAUUCAGGUUGUAAUUAUAACUGGUCGUUAUAACGCAAAGACUAAAAAAUUAGAUGACGCUAAUGGUACCGUUCUGGUAACUAAAGGUACAAUAAAUAAAGCCACAGGCAAAAUAACAACUGAGAGCGAAGUCAUUAAUAUGAAAUCGGGUCAAGUAAGUUUUACGGAUCCUGCCACCGGUAAGCAAGAGGUCAAGAACGGCCACGUAGAUUCAAAGACAGGACAUAUUCUAUUUACUUCAGGUGUUAUUGAUCCUAAAACAGGAAAGAUGGAUCCUACCUUAGCCCAACAGUACUGUUUCGUAGAAAAGGCCGAUGAUAAAGUGGGUUCUAAACCCGGCAGAGAAGUUGACUUAGUCGUGAUCACAGGAAAAUAUGACGGUAAACACAAAAAACUCGACGCAAGUCAUGGACAUGUCGAAGUGUCUAAAGCUAUUGUUUCGCCAGAUGGCAUUGUAACUUCUAACUAUGGUAUUAUAGAUACAAGGACUGGAAAGAUCGAUUAUAAAGACCCGAAAACAGGAAAACAAGAUCCGAAACAGGCAUAUGUUGAUAACAAAACUGGUAAUCUUCUCGUUACGACGGGUAUAUUAGAUCCCAAAUCAGGAAAAGUGGAUUCAUCUCUUGGCCAACAAUACAGCAUUGUUGAAAAAGACGCGACUAAAGCAAACAGAGAAGUAAGACUAGUCGUCAUCACAAGCAAGUAUGAUUUGAAGAAUAAGAAGCUUGAUCCUUCAUUUGCUCAUGUUGAUUCCAUUAAAGGAGUCCUCAGUGGUGCUGACGGUAAAAUAUAUACCGAAUACGGUGUUAUUGAUCCAAGGACCGGUAACAUACAGGUGACCGAUGCAAAAACCGGUAACCAAGAAUUAAAACAAGCGCAGGUUGACCCUAAAACAGGUAAUAUCCUUUUAUUAUCUGGGGUUGUUGAUCCUAGAACAGGCAAAUUGGAUACUUCAUUGGGACAACAAUACAGUAUCGUAGAUAAACCCACAAGCACCUUUGCUACAAUCCCUGGACGAGAAGUGCAAGUAGUUGCCAUUACUGGCAAAUACGACAGCAAGGCCAAGAAAUUGGAUAAUCCUAAUGGUUUUAUCGAAACAUCUCAAGCUAUAAUUAGCGACAAAGAUGGAAAAGUGCACACAAACUUUGGAGUGCUAGAUCCUAAUUCUGGUAAAAUCUAUUUAACAGAUCCUAAAACUGGCAAACGUGAUUCAAAGCAAGCCACGAUUGAUGCAAAAACUGGCAGUUUUAUUCUAACAUCUAGUGUUAUAGAUCCGAAAACUGGCAAAACGGACUCUUCGUUAGCGCAACAAUUAACUGUUGUGGACAAAGAUGCUCCUAAAGGCAUACCAGAGCGAUACAUGAAUUUAGUAAUUAUUACAUCAAAGUAUGAUCCUAAAACUAAGAAACUUGACCUCACGAAUGCUCGCGUUGACACAGUAGUUGGAAAACUAGGUGAUGAUGACAAAGUAUACACUGAUAUCGGAGUCAUUGAUCCUGCUACUGGUCAAAUAACCACAACUGAUCCAGUUACGGGCAAACAAGAAAUAAAAAAAUCUGUCCUCGAUUCUAAAACGGGUAAUAUGUUGCUCACUUCAGGCGUUAUUGAUCCCAAUACUAAAUUAGUUGAUCCAACGCUAGGGCAACAAUAUACACUUGUAAGUAAACCGAAAGAUACUUUUGGAUCUGUUCCAGGCAAAGAAAUACAACUGGUAGUAAUAACUAGCAAGUAUGAUCCUAAAUAUAAGAGAUUAGAUACACCUAAUGGGCACGUUGAAACAUCUCGAGGCGUUGUUGCUGCUGAUGGCAGAAUUCAUAGUAACUUUGGCAUAAUUGACCCGAAGACUGGUAAAAUUGAACAAACAGAUCCUUUAACUGGAAACUUAGAGGUUAGAAAUGCUGUGGCUGAUCCUAAAACCGGGAAUCUAAUAUUAACUGGCAGUGUAGUGGAUCCAAAAUCCGGUAAGGUUGAUACAUCGCUUGCCCAACAAUUCAGUAUCAUUGAUAAAGAUAUUAAACCGGUAGAAAGAGAAAUUCACCUUGUUAUUAUAACUACUAAAUAUGAUCCACGAACAAAGAAGAUUGAUCCAACUCAAGCACAAAUUGACACAAUUUCAGGAACUGUCGGUGCUGAUGGUAAAAUACAUACAGAAUCAUGCAUUAUCGACCCUGCUUCUGGUGAAAUAACAAUGAAAGAUCUCAAGUCAGGCAAACAAGAUAUUAAGAAAGCUCAGCUCGACCCGGCCACCGGACAUAUGCUAAUUACCAGUAAUGUUGUUGACCCUAAGACGGGUAAAAUUGAUCCUAGCUUAGCACAACAAUAUAGUAUUGUGAACAAACCUGUUGUACAGCACACCAAGCCUCCAUCAAAGGGUGAAAUAAGAAUAGUCAUUGUUACAAAUAGGUUUGAUCCAAAAACAAAAUCUGUGGAUGCUGGCACUGGAACAAUAGAUGCUUCUAAAGGUUUUGUAAGUGUUGAAGAUGGAAAAAUACAUACAGAUUUCGGUAUAAUUGAUCCUAAAUCAGGGCAAAUUUUAUACAAAGAUCCUGUUACUGGCAAGCAAGACCUAAAGAAGGCGGAAGUCGAUCCUAAAACGGGCACUAUUACAGUUACAACGUCUGUUAUUGAUCCCAAAACGGGUAAAGUAGAUCCUACAUUUGCUCAACAAUAUACGAUUAUCGAUAAACAGAAUAUUUUGGCUAAAGCAACGCCAGUAUCUCAAAGAGGUAGUGUUUCUCCACCAAGGAUUCCAACUCCUGUUAAAACACCCACCACUACUCCAGUGCAAACUCCUCUGCAGUCUCCUGUUCGUCCAUCUGCGCCAGUAAUCAAUCAAUAUCAAAAGGCUUCGCCUGUUCAAGGAGUUGCUCCGACCAAACCUACUACAGCGCCACCGGCACCACCUAAAAAGAAGAUUGUAAAAAUCAUGGUGAUAUUUACAAGAGUUGACCCAAAAACAAAGAAACCAGAUUUCUUCAAUGCCGAGGUGGAACAUUUAACUGGAGUUCUUGAUCCCAGUGGCUUUAUUGAAACUAAAUACGGUGUAAUUGAUUCAAACAAAGGAAGUAUAAUUGUUACAGAUCCCUCUGGACAAAAACAAACUAAAGAUGGAACAAUUCUUUCAGAAACAGGACAAAUUUUCUUAAAUUCUGGUGCUAUCGAUCCUAAAACUGGUAAAAUUGAUCCCAAUCUUGGAAUGAUCGUAAGUGUGGCUAAACAAGAUGACCCUGUUGUUGACAUAACAACUAUAACCGGACCUUAUGAUCCGAAAACGGGUAAAGUUAAAAUUGAUGAAGCAAUAGUAGAGCACACUAAAGGUAAGGUUGAUGCUGAAACUGGCAACAUCUCCACCAAAUAUGGUGUUAUCGACCCAUCAAAUGGAGUCAUCUUCGUAUCUGAUACAACUGGAUCGCAAGACGCAAAAUCUAUAACUAUAGAUGAAAAUAAUGGACAAAUAACUAUUGUUGGAGUAUUUGAUCCUAAAACUGGUAAGGUUAACCCGAACCAUGCGCAGUUACUUGUUGUCGGUAGCCAUAUUGAUCCAGUUGUUGAAGUUACCUCCUUUGUCGGUAAACUUGAUACUAAAAAAGGUGUUAUUGAACCAAAGAACUCCCUUAUUGAAAGCAGUACAGGUCAGAUCAAUCCUGAUAAUAAUAUAAUAAAUACUAAAUAUGGACAAAUAGAUCUGGUAAAAGGAACUGUAACUUAUAACGAUCCUAAGACUGGUAAAUUCGAAAGUAAAGAGCUUAAAGUUGAUCCUCUUACUGGACAGUUCUUGCUCCGAACAGGACAAAUCAAUCCUAAAUCUGGUAAGCCCGAUAAAGACAUCGGCAGGUUAAUGUGUCUGAGAAUCAUACAAACUAAAGUCGAUCCUGUUACUGGUAAACAAAUCGUCUCGAACGAUCCUAAAAACGUUAAAGUUGACCCGAAAACUAACCAGAUUUGGAUAGCUGGACCUAAAGACCCCAAAACUGGCGAAACUCUGUAUACAGCUGGUCAAAUUGACCCCAACACCGGCUAUAUUAUUACUAUCUAUGGUAGAUUAGACCCUAAAACAGGAACAAUCUCUCGAGCAACAGAUAUUGAGAAAUCCCUCAUCAAAGUCGACCCGGUUAAUGGUCAGGUUUACACAGCUACUGGCGAUGUCGAUGACAAUAACGAACCUUUGUACUCUGCCUCACAAGUUGAUCCUGGAACUGGCGAAAUUUACACUAAGUUAGGUAAAAUCGAUCCUAGAACAGGUAAACUGAUAAUCGUCAAAAUCUAUAUUAUUACUCAAAAGGAUGAUAAGGGCAGAGUCAAGGAAGUCGAUCCGAAGGAAUGCACUAUCGAUGAAACCACUGGCAGAAUCAUUACAACGAAGACUGUAUACGUAUAUCAGAUUAUUGAUCCAAUCACAGGAGAAACAAUUGAUGUCGAUCCCGACGACCCAAGGCUGAAGGGAGCUAGAACGACUGUCACUCAAACUAUGACCCUAUCUGGCAAGAUCGACCCUGUCACUGGAAGAAUAAAGACGGAAUACGGAGACAUUGACCCAGACACGGGUGAUAUUGACCCGAGUACCGCAGUCCGAGAUCCCGUUACCGGCCAAUUGAUAUUACACUACUCGCAAAUUGACCCGUCGCAUUUCGAAGACAAGAGUGGAAACUACACGAUCGAGAAGGAAACGCAAGACCUCCCAGCAAAUAUCGACAUACAGACAGUAAACACGCACAAAUUCUCUACCUUUGGCAAAGACGAAAGCCCCGCUCGAGGUGACGAGCCCAAGACAUUCACUGAAUACACGACAAGCGAGCACAUACGGCACCAAGGCUACGUGUCAUCCUCGACCCCAAUCUCCUCUAAGAUCCCGAUUUCACAGCGCUCCAAAAAGACUCCAACACCGCCUGUAGUCGUCAAGACAACUACCAAACAGCUUCUAACGAAGAACGAGGACGGCGUCACGCAUAACGUCGAACAAGAGGUGGAGAAUCUUGGCACGGGCGAAGUGACAUUCUCGACUCACACAAACAAGGCGGACAACGUUGAGUCGAUGGAGGGGCGAAGUCCUUACGUGACGGCGCGCGCCGUGACUACAAGGACGGCUAUGACCCAUCAUGACCUGGACACCAAGGCGAAAACCCAGCAGAUGGAAGAAAAAACGGUUGCUCAUACGCUGACAUCUUCAGCCACUCGCCAGGAGCAAAGAGUAGUGACGCAGCAAGUCAAAACCACUGUUACUACGGGCGAUCAGUUGACUAGACACGGCUCUGAAUCAUCUCUGAGUAGCGGCGACUCAGGCACUCCCAUAGACUUCGAUGGCGGAGAAGGACAUUACUAUGUGACGGAGCCUGGCGCUUACCGCACUACUACAACAUCGACGGCGAUGGGCAAUGCUCCAUUCGGUAGCAUGGUGCAAAGCGCUACCACUAAGAGCAGCGUAGGCCCGCAAGUGACGUCUUUCUCGCAAAGCCCUGAGCCAACGGUAGAAGAAGAAGAAGCUGAACAACUGGCGGGCGAGGAAGUGGUCUCCUCGCAAACUAUCAGCUCCAAAACACGUACCGUUGAGACUAUUACUUACAAGACAGAGCGUAACGGAGUAGUGGAGACGCGAGUGGAACAGAAGAUCACUAUACAAUCUGAUGGCGAUCCUAUUGAUCACGAUCGGGCAUUGGCUGAGGCUAUUCAGGAAGCCACAGCGAUGAACCCCGAUAUGACGGUCGAGAAAAUUGAAAUCCAACAACAGAGCACACAGCCUUAA